AUGCCAAAUGCAAUUAAAUUAACUUUGUACGAGAAUGAUAAAAUUUUUGAUACAAUCGAAAAUGUGACUUCUACAGAUACACCUAAUCUAAUAAAAUCUAUAGAAGAGUUUCGGUUGAAAGUUAACGAAACAUUGAGUAAAAUAAUCGAGGAUGAUGGACAAUUUGAUGACUAUGUUGAAGAUGAUAUUAGCAGUGAAGAAGAUCAGUCAACCAGUUGUGUAACUCCGAAAAAAAGAAAAAAG